CGACAACUGAGCACCCAGAGUGCCUGGCAGCCUCCCGAGGGGCAGACCAGGGGUCCCUGCCUCCCAUCCCACAGGUGGACAGGAGUUUCCUCGGCUGGUGGAGGGCUGUGCCUGGGGGAGAUGAAAGCCUGCUGGGUGCCAGGGGUGACCCUCUGCCUCCUGCUGGGACCUCUGGUGGGGGCCAAGCCGGUGCAGGAGGAAGGAGACCCCUAUGCUGAGCUGCCCUCCAUGCCCUACUGGCCUUUCUCCACCUCUGACUUCUGGAACUACGUGCAAUACUUCCAGACACUGGGGGCCUACCCCCAGCUGGAGGAUAUGGCCCGCACCUUCUUCGCUCACUUCCCCCUGGGGACCACGCUGGGCUUCCAUGUCCCCUACCAGCAGGACUGAGUUGCAGCCUGUAUCCCUAGCUUCAUGGUAAUA